UUAUUUUGUUUUUAUUCCGACCCCCCAAAGUUUCUCCAGCUUUAGAACAAGUUAUAGAUACUAUUAACGUACACUAAGUUCCAUUGUUCUUUCCGAAAACCCUCCCCAUCCCAUCCCAUCCCAACCUAUCCUAACCCAAUCCAUUCCGUAAUGUUCACCAGGGAGGUAUCACAAAAUUUUCAUUCCAUAUAAUUAGCCUCAUUUUCGUGAUAUAAAUAUGAUACUAAAUUCCUUCAAUUAUGAUAUCCUCUAUAAGACUUAUUUAAGGUCAGUUAUUGAAAAGCUUUCUACUAGAAAGUAUUUAGUUAAUAUCAUGUUAGUCAAUAUCUUUGUAUUAUUCUUGAUUCAUUUAUAUCUCACUAAUUCUGCUAGAGGAUAUCCUCUUUCAGUCGAACAUACCAAGUAUGUUGGUAAAGAAGUUAAUUUGAAUGCUAUUCAAAGCAAUCAAGCUCAAUUAAUGGAUUUUGUUAAUAGUGCAAGCAAUAAAGCUAUAUUCAGUCAGUUGAAAUAUUCCCAAAAUGCCUAUUAUGAUUUAGGUAAUAAUGUGGUUGGAAAUGCUGAAUUCCCCAUUUUUAAUCAAUAUCAACGUCAACCUUAUGUUGCUAAUGGUUACAUUGGUAGUAGAAUUCCUAAUAUUGGUCAAGGUUUUACCUAUGAUCAAUCAUCAGAUUCAGAUUCCGAAAGUUUAUUAAAUGGUUGGCCAUUAUUCAAUAAGAGAUAUGCUGGUGCUUUUAUUGCAGGUUUCUUUGAUAUUCAAAAGAAUGUCACGGAAACGAAUUAUCCGGAAUUAUAUGCUAAUGGUUAUGAAAGUGUGAUUGCAGCUGUUCCACAAUGGACUGCUUUAUCUAUAUCUAUUAUGAAAGACGGACAACUUUAUACACUUGAUCCAAGUUUGGACUUGUCAGGACAAGUUACCAACUAUCAACAAAACUUAUCAUUAAGUAAUGGUAUAGUCUCCACAGAAUUUACAUGGUUAGAUUCAAUUCAAGUUAAAUACGAUGUAUUGGCUCAUAGAGAGGAGGUCAGAUUAGGUUUAAUCAACUUGGAAAUUUCCAAUUUAAAUAAUGAAACAAUUCAAAUAAAUGUUGAAGAUAAACUUGACUUUUUAUCUGCUCAAAGAUCUCAAUUAACAGGUGUCAAUUCUGAUAAUCAAGGUAUCUAUAUUACCUUCCAACCAAAUGAACUUGAAUAUAUUAAUGGAGCUAUAUAUUCCACAUUAAUUUCAUCAUCUAAUGUUGUAAAAACUGUUAAUGAUACAUCAGUUUCACAAUCAACUCAAUUUUCCUUAGAUGGUUAUCAAUCUAUUAGUGUUGCUAAGAUUGUGGGAGUAGCUAGUUCAGAUUAUGAUCCUCUGACUGCUACUUCUCAAAGUGAUGUUUUAAAAAUGGCAAAGAAAGUUGCCUUAUCUAAUAAUAAUGCUAAUGAUAUCAUUUCAUCUCAUAAAGUUGCUUGGGCUCAAACUUUAGAAGCAACUCCUGCUGUUACAUUCCCUGAUGAUAUGUUGCUCACGUUAACUACAAGAGCUUCAGUUUUCCAUUUAACUGCAAAUACAAGACCAAAUGCCCAAGGUGUCAGUGCUGCGUUAGGUGUUGGUGGUUUAAGUUCUGAUAGUUAUGCUGGUAUGGUUUUCUGGGAUGCAGAUAUUUGGAUGAUGAAUGGUUUAUUACCAUACAUUCCAUCUCAUGCUAAGAGUAUAGUAAAUUAUAGAGUGUAUACUCAUGAACAAGCUGUGAAAAACGUUCCUGAAGGAUAUGAUGGUGCAGUUUAUCCUUGGACCAGUGGUAGAUUUGGAAAUUGUACUUCAACAGGUCCUUGUUUCAAUUACGAAUAUCAUAUUAAUACAGCUGUUGCCUUGUCAGCUUGGGAUAUGUACCUUAGUGGUGCAGCUGAUGAUGAUUUCUUACAAGAUGUGGUCUAUCCUUUGGUCACUGAUGCAGCUUCAUUCUUUUCAACUUAUGUUACCCAUUAUAAUGAUACUUUAGGACAAUAUGUCACAUACAAUUUAACAGAUCCAGAUGAAUACGCCAAUCACGUUGAUAAUGGUGCUUAUACUAAUGCCGGUAUUUCUUCUAUCAUGCGUAAAGCAAUUGCAGUUUCAACUCAUUUGAAUAAACAAUUCCCUUCAAAUUAUUCAUCUAUAGUUGGUAACAUGUUUUUACCCAACUCUGGUGGUCCAGAUAAUAUUACUUUGGAAUAUUCGGGAAUGAAUUCAUCAGUCGGUAUCAAGCAAGCUGACGUUAUUAUGAUGACUUACCCAUUAAAUAAUGAAGAAAUUGAUGAUGCUCAAGCCUUAACCAAUAUGGAAUUUUAUUCACUUAAGCAAGUUAGUUAUGGACCUGCCAUGACAUUCCCAAUAUUUUCAAUUGUGUCAUCUAAAUUAGCUAAGAAUGGCUGUGCAGCUCAAUCUUAUUUGCAAAAAUCAGUUAGACCAUUUUUAAGAGGACCAUUUGCUCAAUUUUCAGAACAGAAUAAUGAUGACUUUACAACAAACGGUGGUACACAUCCUGCAUUCCCAUUUUUAACAGCUCAUGGUGGGUUCCUUCAAGCCAUUCUACAAGGUAUUGUUGGUUUAAGAUAUGAUUAUGAACUUGAAGAUGGUAAAAUAUCAAGAGUACUUGAAUUAGAUCCAAGAGCCAUGCCUUGUUUACCUAAUGGUGUUAUCUUUGAAGGAAUAAAGUAUAAUAAUCAUUCAUUAUCAUUUUCCAUUACCCCGGAUGAAUUCACCGUAACUAAUAAUGGACCAUUGAACCCAUUUGCCAAUGAUAGUAUCAAGAUUAAGUUGGCAUCCAGAAAUGAGAAAGCUGGAACUUACUCGUUAGAUACUGGUGAUAAAAUGUCAUUCCCACUUUAUGUACCUCAGACAGCUUUUCCAAAUAGUAUAUCUGAAUGUGGAGCUGCAAAAUUUGUAAAUAUAACAGAGUCAUCAUUUGGAGAUGCUCCAUCACUGAUGAAUGAUGGUGAUAAUACAACUCAUUGGCAAUCAUUUUCAAAUUCAUCGACAGGAAAGGUUUUGAUUGAUUUGAAAGAAUUUAAGACUAUUUCCAGUGCCUUGAUAAAUUGGGGUGAUAAACCUGCAAAGACAGUAACACUUUCUACUUACAAUUCUUUGAACAAUUACGGCAAUGUGACUGAUAUUUUAAGUAAUGUUGACUUUGGUAAUGAUCUUUACCAGAAUUAUCAAUAUGGAACUAACGAAUACCAUGUUGUAAGUCAACAAGAUGUUUUCGAUACAGUCUACUCGUCAGAUGUUCAAGUUUCUGCUCCUUUUGAUCCUCAAGAGUUCGCCACCAUUGAAAUCCCUAAACGGCAAAACACUACUACUAUAGGUUUUGAAAACGAAAUUUAUUCCAGAUUUGUUUUACUUGAAUUUAACGGAAUUCAUGAUGAUGCGCCUGUUGGUGAAGAUGAAGGAGGUGCUAAAUUGUACGAAGUGGUUUUCUUUUAGAAAUAGUCGUUUGGUUUCUUUUUACUUGUAAUAAUAGUUAAAUAGUUUUGUACUUCAAUAUAGUAUUACCAUAAAUAAGUAUUACGAAAUAG